CCGGCGCCGCCAUGGCCGCGUCCCCCGCCCAGCGGCGCCGCUGGGAACGGGAGCAGGCCCGGCUGAGGGCCAGCGUGCUGGAGGAGGACACGGAGCCCUGGCAGAAGCAGCCGCAGUUCGCGGGGCUGCGCAGAGUGGGAGGCGUGGAUCUGUCCUACAGCAAGGGGGACGAGAGCCGUGCCUGCGCCUCCCUGGUCGUGCUCAGCUACCCGGACCUGCAGGUGCUGUACCAGGACUGCCGCAUGGUGCCCGUCACCGCCCCGUACGUGGCCGGGUUCCUCGCCUUCCGAGAGGUGCCUGUCCUGGUGGAAGCCGUGCAGAGACUUCAGCAGGAGGAGCCCCAGCUCCAGCCUCAGGUGCUUCUGGUGGAUGGGAAUGGCCUGCUCCAUCCCAGAGAGUUUGGCAUAGCGUGUCACCUCGGAGUCCUGACAGACCUGCCGUGCAUCGGCGUGGCCAAGAACCUCCUGCACGUGGAUGGCUUGGUCAGGGAUGAGCUGCACAAGGAGCAGGUUCGUUCCCUGCAGAGGUCAGGAGAGGCAUUCCCACUGACAGGCACCUCGGGGAAGGUCCUGGGCAUGGUGCUGCGGAGCCACAGCAACAGCUCCAGGCCCCUGUACGUGUCCGUGGGGCACCGGGUGAGCCUGGGCACGGCCGUGUCCCUGGUCAGGGCCUGCUGCCGCUUCCGCAUCCCGGAGCCCAUCCGGCAGGCUGACAUCAGGUCCAGGGAGUACCUGCGGAGGCAGCCCUGUGCUCCCGUGGAGGGGCUGCAGGCCGUGCCUGGCAGCCCUCAGAGCAAAAAGGAGGCUGAAUCAGAGGAUUAGCCUGGUGCCAGAAGAAAUUGCAGAGCUUCUCUUCACUGGGUCCUGUCCUGCACAAGGCUGAGUCCUGCUGGGUGCAGGAGCCCAGUGCCACCCUGGGGACAGCUGUGCCAGGCUGUGUCCCGCAGCACAGCACCAGCCACUGCUCGGGGAGAGUCCUUGCAGUGAAUUUCUCAGGGUUCCUUUUCCAGUACUGGUAAAGUCUUUGUGUGAGCAAAGCUCACGUGAGAGUUUGCAGCACCUCCCUGGAGUCCUUGUGCAGCUGCAGGGCUGAUUUGCAGAGGGGCUGAGGCACUGCAGAGGCAGCCUGUGUGUGCCACCACACCUCUGUGGCUCUCUGAGAGCCCUCCCUUCCCCCUGAUUUUGGAGCAGUUCCCCUGUCCCUGCAGCCUGGGCUCUCAUUGCCCCUGCACAUCAUGGGGAGCAGCAGCCCCACUUGCAGCUCUCCUGG